AUGGGUCCUGACUUGGGUCUUUUGUAAGCGUGGUAGAAACGAAAGUGUGUGUUUGUUUUGAACCUUUACGGGUAGUCAAGAUCGCUAUACAUGGUCUCUGCCCUUUGUGGAGUCAUAAUAUUGGUGUUAGUUUUUUAUAACCAUGAUGCCAGGAGACAGCCAUUCCAAAACUUUAUCAAUCGCCGCGGUUGCAACGCCUGGAAACUGUCAGAACUGCUCCGUUUUGCACCAGAAUUUGACAGACUAUGUGUCGUCAUUGCUGGUACUCAAACAGAAGAUCACCGUUUCAGAUGACACAACCCGGCUGAAAGAACAACUGGAGGAGCUUCAGAUCCAAUUUAUUACUUUGGAGAAAAAGACGAAAGAUUAUGAAUCUUUGCAAGCUGAGUUGGAAGGACAAAAGAAGAUUAUUCAAGACUAUGAACACAUCUCGAAGGAAGUGGAGAUGUUGAAGCAAGAAAACAAAAAUACACUGUCUGAGAAUCGAAACCUUGGUAACCAGCUAAAGGAUGCAAAAGAGCUCCUUGAAACUCAAUCUUUUGAGCAUGCACUACUUAAGAGGGAAAAUACCUCGCUAGAAAACGAUCUACUAAAAGCACAAUCAUCCUUGGACACAUCUAAAAAAAAGGCUGAACAACUCAAACAACUAAAAGAGGAUCAUGCCAAGACAACGAGCAUAAAAGACAACCUUGCAAAUAAACUUGCACAGCUUGAAGAAUCUGUUUCCCAAAAGAAUAAUGAAAUAACGCAGCUUACUAAACAGAAGAGACUGCUGGAGAGAAACAUUUCUGACUUUCAGGUAAGACUUUUAAAACUGGAGCGAGAAAGAAAUAAAGAAUGCAAGAGUGCAUCAACUCAAGUAAAAACACCUACAGAACAUAGAGUUGACAAAGACAAGGUUCAGAUGCUUCUAAAACAAUUGUGGGCUUGUGUGGAACCUGAACACCAGGAAUCCGCUAACUCGUUGCACUUACACGAAGUCUACUCCAAUGCUAAGCAGUUCUUUACCACUUCUCACCAAAGCACUUACACUCAGAAGGUCGAAUCCCAGACCCCUUUCAAGAGUAACAGAAACAUCCAAAAGUCCCCCAUCCAGACAACUUUGACUUACACAAACUUAAAAGCCCCACGGCAUGCACAGAAAACCACAAAACAAGCAUCUCCACAGAUCACAAAAGACACAAAGCAAACACAAGAACCCUUUUUAACAAACAAGCACUCACCUAAGCAAGACAUACCAAAGGAGCCUUCUGACACAGCCAGUCCUUAUGAGAUAUUGGACUGGUUUAAGCCAUUGCAACCAUGCCUAUCUCCACUACCUGAUACUGAAAAAGAAACCGAGCCUAUGGAGACUGCAAAAAGAGAAACGGAAAACAAAGUCCUACCUGGCAAUCACAACAUUCAUUCUAAUCAAGACAAGUUAGACCUUUUAACAUCAUAUUCAGACCAUUCUCCGAAACCUCAUUCACCCAUAGUUGGUGCAAAUGCAUGCUUGUGUGAUGUCUCAACACAUGAAAUUGAUUGCUCUUCCAGUCUACCAGAGUCUACUAUUACCACAGAUUUGAAGGAUGAAAGGCAUUGUAAAUAUGGUGCAGAAAUGCAGAUUGAAGAGGAUAGUGUGAAGCAAUUGGCAUCCUUUUCUUCAUCAGAAACCACACUUCCUGUUCAGGAACCCUUGUCAAACACAGUUAGUAAGAAGCCGAGCUGUGUGGAACCUGUAAGUAGCUGUGCUGCAGGUAUCAUCCAAGAAACUGUACACUGUAAUUCUACAGAUUCUGAAGUAGAGCCAAACAAAGAUGACUCAGCAACUAUUACAGAGAUGGGCAUUAACAAAGUAUUUGAUACCAAAACCCAUCCCAGUAUUUGUGAGGAAUCUCCCAAAGAAAUGGUGGUCAACAAGGAAGUGGCUCUGCAGUCAGUUACUUGCGUCAUUUAUGGGCAGACACAAGAUAAUUCCAACAAGAAACAUGCAUCUGAAUAUGGGAAUAGCAACCAUGAUUCAAGUGGCUAUGCACUGGGAGCUGAAAAUGCCAGAGUCCUAAAUCCCCAGGAGAAUGCAGAUCACAAAGGAAAAGACUCAGAAAUGCGAGACGACAAACCGUGUAUAUUGAACUGUGACGCCAGUAGUAAUGUUGCAUAUACACAAAGUGAAGACAUAAAAGAAAAGGAGUCAUUCUAUCAUACAGACAAAAUGGAGGAAGCCCAGGAAACUGCCAAGGGUAAUGGAGCAGUUUCUCCAAACAAUCCAAGUAGCAUUACACUUCCAAUGUCAAGGAUUGAGGAUAUAGAUGAAACUAUUGCCCGUCAUAUACCUUGUGUUACAACAACGGCAAUGACUGAUCCAAAGGACACGUUGAUGAGUGACAAACAAGCUGAUCUUGGAAUUUCUCUUCCAGACACGACAUUCAACUCUAAAUCUUCUAAAGAAAAUAUGCAUUUGCUCUGCAGUCAGCUCAGGCUUUCUCAUUUAACCCCUAAUUCAAUCACCGCAAAACCAGAAGAAAUUCACCUUGGUGUAAAUGGCAAUUCAAAUAAAACACCCACAGAGGCAUUGAUACAUUUAGAGAAAGAAGAUGUUGUAGGAGAGGUUGUUGUCAAAGACUCAACUCAGGACGUUUCUUGUGAUGGCCAACCAGUUAGCACUCUCAAACAGACCACUGCAGAUGUGAAUGGACCAGAUACAUCUGAUUUCUCUACUGAAGUGCCUGAUGAACAAUAUGACUUAAUCAGAGGAGUAGAUUAUACAGCUGAUAUGGUCACAAAUGCAGCUACUGAACCACCUUUGUCGUCAGAGUCUAUAGGUGAAGUUCGCACUGAAAUUGGUCCUCCGCUCCCUCCGAUCAUCACCCCUCUAAGGACACCUUCAAAAGAAAGCAAACCAAUCAAUCCAAGGCAUGCAAUUGGAAAGCUUUUAUUCCCCUCUCCAAUGGGUAGCUUGCCGUCCCCUUCCACUCCAGUUCAGACCCCUUUAACUCCCAAUAGUCAAACAAUGAGUUCUAAUGGAGUACUACCUUCAUCACCUCUUCAGUUUGGCUCUGCCACCCCAAAACAUGCGGUGCCUGUCCCAGGUCGUUUGCCAGCUACAGUGAAUUCUUCACACUCUGCAGCCCCCUGCCCAUCUCAGGAAAAUUCAAUGACUAUUCUGGAUAGCAUGUACCCAGAACUCUCUGCACGUGCCCGCACACUGAGCAUUCUUAGAGGGAAUCUCAGCAUUAGUUCUUCGGAAAGCGGAACCUCACCUCCAACAACUGACACUCAGAUGUCAAGUUUUAAAACGGUCUCUUCCACAUCAACCGCUUUCACCAAUGAGAUAAGAGGAGAAAAACGACCUGCCACUGACUUGACUCAGCCUAAAAACCGUAAGUGUUUUCGGCAAGACAGCAGCUCUCCAGGAGCCGUCUACAAAGUGACCAACGGUGGCGAUGAGUCAGCAUCGCCUCAGACUCUGAAGAUCACUCAGAAUGAUAAAAAGAAAACUGUUCCAUCACUAGAGGGUGAAGAACCUGUUGAGCAAAAUGUCAUUGUCCGACUUUUGAAAAGAAUUGAACACCAAGCUUUUGACAUCCUGCUUGUGAUCCAGAGCCAAGUGUAUGUUGGUAACUUCUCAAAAAAACCUGUCCUGAGAGAUGAGGAGCACGAAGUCCUCUCUGAGAUUUGUCAGAGCAACUUGGCAGACGAUAUGAUGUUGGCCAUCUUGAACAAAUUGAAAACAGAGAAGAGAGACUUGUGCAAAAAUUAUAUGCAGGCCCUGUGCAGAGUCUACACGGCCAUCUGUCGACAGAAGAGAGACUUUGAAAAGGCUCAUAUCCUGGCUUAUAGCUUGCUUGUGGAAGAUUUCCCGGAUUGCUCCAAGCUGAUUUUAUUUAUGGUGACAACAUGGCCCACUGUUUUGUCUCAUAGCAGCCUCCUAUGCCAAGCUAUACACACAGUCACCCAACUUAAAGCAACUUGUGAAGUCUUCAAGUGCCUCUCAGCAUACCUUGAAUGGGAAAAGACUUCCCCCUGUGAUAUCGACGUUCUAAUUGCCAGGACACUCUCUGAGAUGCGGUCAAAUUUAGGGUCCUUUUUCGCAAAACACAGUCGAUACGGUGACGACUUGGGAACAGAGGCUUGGGAACAGGUGUUCACUAUGCACCUUCUCUGUGCACACAAGUCCUGGGAGUGGAGCUAUGAUCAUAUCUUGAGUAAAGAGUUGUGGCCAAUGAUGAACACAUGGGUGUCACAGUCCCGAGACCAGCAGGUGCCCAUCUCAAACAUGACGGUGGCAGCUGUCCUGCGGCUCAUUGGGCGCCUUGGCCAGCUGGGAAUCAAAGAAAAUAACAUUUCUUCAGUGUUAUCAGUCGCCAAUGUCAUCAAUACAUUUGGUAGGCAGAGCCAGAGUGAAGGUGUGCCAUGGCAGGUGCAGUUAGCAGCCGUGUACUGCAUCUUCGACCUGUCGCCAUGCAACCCAAAAGAAGCCCUGGACGCGCUUGCAGAGUGGCGAAUGGAAGCAUCACAGAGCGUUCCCCCUGCUGUCAUGAGCUGCAUUAACCAGCUGGCCUCGAUCUGCAGGCACUCCAUAAAAUAGAGCACACAUCCUUAGGGAAGUGCAAUUAUGUUGCGCUUCUCCAAAAUGUGAUUUACACUAUUUCAAUUUUAAGAUCCCAACUAAAUCAUCUUUGCCAUCCCUGGUGAAGCCAGAAAAGAGCAUUUGCUUUUAUUUGACCUAUAACUGUGACCUGAGGCAUGCCUUACCACUUUACUCAGACACACCCGCUUACAGUCAUGUCUGGACAUUGUGUUGAUUUAGGAAUGUAUUGUUAUGUGUGUGUCUACUCUUACAGGAAUGAGGAAAGUUAAGUGGCAAAUACAAAACUUUUUUUUAAAUGAUUAUGGCUGAGGUAUUUUAACUAUUCCCACUCUGUUACAAGUGGAGGCACACAGAUAUUACAAUAUGCUCAGGUAAUAUUUUAAAGUACUCUUAAUGGGCAUGUGUUUUAGUUUGACUGUGGUGCUAUACUUUGUGGCUUGUAAAUACAAAUGGUUGUACAUCAUGGAAAAAAUAUACCACACCAUAGUAAAUGUAUGUACAGUUUCAGAGAUAAUUUAUUUUUACUAUUAAAAAAUUCUACAUAUUAAAUAUAAUCUCUGCCUUCUGGUGUCCCUCACUAUGACUUUGUGCAGCAUGUUAAAAGUCUAAUAAAUCGUGAUUAUCUGACAUUGAAACUGAUAAAAAGGUGUCUGACGUUCAUCGCAUUUAUGGCUGCCUUUAAAGGGUGACUUGUAACUUUGAAUAUAAAUGUAUAAUUGCCCAAUAGUAUUACACAAUUGCCAAGCAUUUGGU